GGAAUUCUGUCAAGUGGUGGAAACACAGCGGAGUGUUUGUUGUGAGGAAAACUACGAAAAACCAAUGAAACACUUGCAAAAGUGGUGCAAAAAGUAUUGUGGAAGCUGCAUUGGACAUCUGAGGUGUGAAAAAGUGUGGCAGAGGUGAGCCUUUAGGUGGAAAUAGUGUGAAGAAGCGCCCCGAAAAUUGGACUUGUGCAGCAUAGACGAGUUGUUUUCGUGCGCGAAGAAAGAUGGAUGCGACGUUUUUGUGAAUGAACACACUUUUCACCCAUUUUUCCAAGUGAAUUAGCCAUACUCACGAUCGCCAUCCGUACGCCAAUUGAAGCGUAAAUUGAUAUUAUCACGGCAGUGACGGAAAACUCAUCUCUGGAUAUUUCGGUGGACAAGAAGUGAAAGAGAUCUCGGGAAAGUCAUCUGAAGAAGCAGUGGGAAACCUUCUGGGCAGUCAAUAAUCCGCACAAGUGAUUUGUUACCUCGGCGAAGCCGCAAAAUGCCUCAUAUUCUUGAGGCGCUUUGAGCAAUUUCGCUUCGCGGCCGCCAUCUUUUCUCCUGUCCAUUGCUUGAGAGACUCUUCUUCUUUCUCUGGCAUCUUUCCGGACAUCAAUUCCGUCAAUUUCAUCGGGCGACCUCUUUGUCAGCCAUCGAGCAGUCCUCCAUCUUCUGCGGAUGUUCCGUUCCAGUGAAAUUCGCUUGGAAAACUCGCGUGUGCUUUAGAGACACUUUUCCUGUGGCAAUAGCUCAAAAUUGAUUUCCAAAGUGAAAAAGACUCCUUUGAGUGCUUGAGAGUGACGAAGAGUGGUCAGUUUGUGUGCGGAGAGAGUCAUCAGGAGAAUCUCAUCAAUUUUCCGGACGCUGUUCAGCCAUUCUGUUGAAAAUCAAAUGGGGCUGCAUUGGAGCCUGAGGGAUGACUGAUCGACGACGUUAUUCCGGUGGAGGUGCUGCGGUGAAAAUGGAACAUUUCCAGGCCGCAUUGGACCCCCGAAAGCAGGAAUUACUCGAAGCUCGCUUUCUCGGCGCUCGGAUGUCCGCUGGCACGCAACUGCAGAUGGCACCGCAGACGACAAUAGUGCAGCAACAAGGUGGCCAGACAACAGUACAUAACCAGGACUCAAACAUGAGCACUGGAUCGUCUCACAGUGACAAGGAGCUGGAGUCUGGUGGUGGUGGAGGAAGCGGUGGGGGGACAGUGGCGCCGGACAAGCUGCCCCGGACGCCGUCGGAGAGGAAGCGGAAGCGGAAAGCGGAAUGUGAUAAUGGUGGUGGUCCUGGCGGGGGCGGAGGAGGCGGAGGGAAUGGCGGUGUCACGAGCGGACCGCCGUCGGUGACGAACAGCAAGGGCCCGCGGAUGACUCUGCCGCUGGCGGACAGCAAGAAGAUAAAUGACUACUUCCACAGCAAGCACCCGAGCAGUAGUCCGCACCGGCAGCACACGGGUGCCAAGAGUCCGUCGCCGCAGCACGGGAGCUACCCAAUGUUCCCGCCUAGUCCGCAGCCGCCGCUGACGAGCCUGACCGGAGGUGUCCAGGACAUGUUCAAGAUGCGUCAGGCGCCCGCCUCGACGAUUGUCCCGCCGUCGCCAUUGCAAUCCCUGCCUCAGUGUCCGCCACCGGCGCAGCAAGCCCCCUGUCCACCGCCCACAGUGUCGAAGGCCACACAGACGGAUUGGUCGUCGCAGGACAUCCAGGAGAGGGACUCCGACCUCGAGUCGAGCAAAAUCAAAAUUGACGAGCUGACGCGGCAGUCGGACGAGCACAAGUGCCAGAUAUCGGCACAGCUGAAGGUGAUAGAGCAGCACAAGUCGCACAUCAACAAGUGCAUUGAUGUGGUGAAGAAGUUGCUGAAGGAGAAGAGCAACAUUGAGAAGAAGGAGGCGCGCCAGAAGUGCAUGCAGAACCGCUUGCGAUUGGGCCAAUUUGUGACGCAACGCGUUGGCGCCACGUUCCAGGAGAAUUGGACGGAUGGAUAUGCGUUUCAGGAGUUGGCGCGACGGCAGGAGGAAAUUUCCACGGAGCGCGAAGAGAUUGACAGGCAGAAGAAGAUGCUGACGAAGAAGAGACCAUCGAAUGCCGAGAGUGGACGGAAGAGGAACAACUCGUCCACGUCAUCAGCGAGCAGCAGUGGUGUGAGCUCGGGAAAUAGCUCAGGGAGUGGAUCGUCGGCGUCAUCGACACUGCACAAUGGCAGCGAUGCCACAUUUGUGAAGCCAGAGCCUGUGUCUGGCGGUUAUACACUCCAGGAGUACUAUGAAUGUGAUGAAAUACUGAAGUUAAGGCAGAAUGCCCUCAAGAAGGAGGACGCCGAUCUGCAGCUCGAGAUGGAGAAGUUGGAACGCGAACGGAAUCUGCACAUUCGCGAACUGAAGCGAAUUCACAACGAGGAUCAGUCACGCUUCAACAAUCAUCCGGUGCUCAAUGAUCGGUAUCUACUCCUCAUGCUGCUCGGCAAGGGUGGCUUCUCUGAGGUGCAUAAAGCAUUUGACCUCAAGGAGCAGCGCUAUGUGGCUUGCAAAGUCCACCAACUGAACAAAGACUGGAAAGAAGACAAGAAGGCUAAUUACAUUAAGCAUGCACUGCGAGAAUACAACAUUCAUAAAGCGCUGGAUCAUCCGCGAGUCGUGAAGUUGUACGAUGUGUUCGAAAUAGAUGCCAACUCCUUUUGCACUGUAUUGGAAUACUGUGAUGGUCACGAUUUGGACUUCUAUCUGAAGCAGCACAAAACGAUACCCGAAAGGGAGGCAAGAUCUAUCAUAAUGCAGGUUGUUUCAGCGCUGAAGUAUCUGAAUGAAAUCAAACCUCCAGUCAUUCACUAUGAUUUGAAGCCGGGAAAUAUCCUUCUGACGGAAGGGAAUGUGUGCGGGGAGAUCAAGAUCACCGAUUUUGGAUUGUCAAAAGUCAUGGACGAAGAGAACUACAAUCCUGAUCAUGGCAUGGAUUUGACAUCACAAGGAGCAGGAACGUAUUGGUAUCUGCCUCCGGAGUGCUUUGUCGUUGGCAAGAAUCCACCGAAGAUAUCAUCCAAAGUCGAUGUGUGGAGUGUUGGUGUGAUAUUCUAUCAGUGUCUAUAUGGAAAGAAGCCAUUUGGACAUAAUCAGUCCCAGGCGACCAUUCUCGAGGAGAACACCAUCCUGAAGGCGACUGAAGUUCAAUUCUCGAACAAGCCCACAGUAUCCAAUGAGGCCAAGAGUUUCAUCCGCGGUUGCCUGGCGUACAGGAAAGAGGACAGGAUGGAUGUGUUCGCGCUGGCGAGGCAUGAGUAUCUUCAACCACCGGUGCCAAAGCAUGGCCGGCAGGCCAACCAGGCGGCCAAUCAGGCAGCCAAUCAGCAGCAGCAGCAGCAGUCGGGAUCGGGAUCGCAGGCGUCACAGCAGCCCGGCCAGACGUCGUUCUCCGUAGGCAUGUUUGGCAAUUUAAACCAAUCCAGCUCGUCUUAGUCUGCUUUCGUCGGCAAUCUCAGUGUCUCACAGUGAAAAGCGCGCGCGAGAGUGACAUUUUGUGCCACGUGAAUUGCAGCCAGCAAGAGAGAAGAGAGUGUUGGGAAUGAUGAAGAAGAAAAUUGGGUGGACAAACGAAAUCCGGUUGUGAUAAAAAAAAAGUAAUCUGUAUAGUGUGUGUCUUGAACGCGGGGAUCUUGUGGCUAAAUGUGUGAAGAUGAGAGAGACACAAGGGCGAGAAGGAGAGUGGAUAAGAGAGCCGUGGAAAAGUGUGCUGCAUUGGAUUGUAAAGCAUGUCGCGCUUGCCCCGGAGGAAUGACAAAGGAAAUGAAGAAAGGGAUAUUAAAAGAAUAGAUGAGAAGAGAAAACCGAGAGAAAUGAACAAAUGAUAGACUCUAUAUUUAAAGAAUAAAAAAAACACAAGUUGACGCCAAAUUCUUUUGACUUUAUAUUAAAAUUAAAAGUAAAAAGGAAGUAAUAUUAAAUGACAACAAAAAUUAUCACGUUAAAAUAUAAUGUAAGAAUUUCAUGAGAUGAUAAAUGGUGAAGAAAGUGUGUCUAUAGUGAGGAGUUAAGCUGGGUGACAAGAUUGCAUUCUAACGUGGGUAGACUCUCAACACUAUUACUAUAGUUUUUAUACGAGAGAGAAGGAGAGAGUUGUAAUGGAGCAUCGCGAUGCGUGUAGAAAGAAGAGAUGCAAGUUUCUUAAUAUGAAAGAAAACGCAAUGGCAUAAAAUACAGUUUUAGGGAGGAAAAAGAAAGAGAAUAUUUCUGUGAGCGCAUAGAGACGUUGUUGUUUUAAAUUUCACAGUUAAAAUUUAUUAAUUCUUGUGAAUAAUUUAUUUAUUUCCAAACACACAAUAUUACACUGUGUAAAAUUAUAAUGGUUAAGUAGAAGUAUGUAAUUAUUGUCUCUUAAAAAUGGAAAGUUGAGAGAGAAUCAACUAAAAGGUAAAAUACACACACACACACACACAAAAGAUGCAACAGUAAUUUCAGCAACAACAAAAAAUGGUGAAAAAUGUGAACGUGAAGUAAUAAGGAAAAAUAAUCGAUAUAUAAAAAAAAUUAUAUUACAAUAUAAAUAGGUACAGUUUUUUUCAAUUUAUAGAGAGAGAGAGAGAGAAAGAUGAAAAAAUGGAGAGAAAUUAACAAUGAGAAGAAAAUGAGUAAAAAAAAGAGAGUAUAAAGUAUAUAAAUAAUUAUGUAAUUAAUUGAGAAAGAAAUGAGAGGAAGGAAGAAAAAACAGAAGUAAUAAUGCAAAAAGAGAGAAAUCUAUUUAACGUGAGAGAAACUCUUCGUUUUAGAGCGCGGAAGGUGUGAAAAAGUGGGAAAGAAAAGCAAAAUAUUGAUUGAAUGGCUACAAGUGGAAAAAUGAUUAUGUAUUCGAUUGGUGUGCGAAAGAGAGAAAACUUGUGUAGAUAUUUUUGUGAAAACGAGUGUGAGCGCAUUAGUUUUUAGUGGGGAAAACAAUUCCUAUGAUAUCAAGAUUUUCAUUUUUAGAUACAAAACCAACAAUCACACUUGUUCAAUAGUCCGUGAAUCUGACGAAUGUAAUACAGUGAAGAAUGUUUUUAAGGAUGAAUUGCAUGCUGAUUUCCUAUACAAGACUUUUCCGUAAACUUGCAAGAUGUAUUCCAUGAUUUUCCAUGGUUUUUUUUCGCCUGAAAAUUCAUCCUAUUUCCACAGUUUACUUGCAUUACGGGAAGAAAAUAUCAGAGAGUCGCUUUGAAGGUUAAAAAAUGGGAGUUUUAACUCAAGACUCAUUCGAAUCUUUUGCUCCUUUCUUUUGUAUUUUUCACACACAUUGAUUCAUCCAAUUUUUCGCCACCCUGAAGAAUUAGGUUAAUUGUAAUGAAAAUAAAAAGAAUAAUGGAAACAAAGUGCUGUGCAGAAUUUUGAAGGUGACAAAAAGCAAAAACUAAACAUUUCGGAAAAUUUCAAAAUUAGUCAAAGAAGAAAUUUCUCAAGCGCAGUGACUAAAGCUAAAUAAGAACACGUGAAGUUCCGGACUUUCCAUUGUUUGCUUUUUCGUUGGAAAUUCACGGCACAACGGAAUGUUUAUGAACUUGAAGGCGUCCUUAUUUAAUUUAUAGUCACUGUUUUAUCACAGUUUUGGAAAAAAGAAAAGGGAUGUGAGUGAAAUAUGUUGUUUUCUUUCUCGAGCAUGGACAGCAAUAUUAGAGUCAAGGAACUGCGUGUUGAAAUUCGUGAAACAAAACGUGUCACGAAGAGGCAUUUUUCAAUUCAUUUUAUCAAUGAUUUGCAGAACGAUUUUUUUUCUUUUCUUUUCUAGUUUCUUGCUUUUUUUUCUUUGUUGAAAGGUUUUCGGGGAAAAAGAGUUGCUCAAAGGAAUGCUAACAGAGAUCAAUAGUUUUUUUUCUGUUCGUCAGCCACGAAAAGUUAAAUCACCUUUGAUUUUAGGUCCUUUUUAUUCACAUCUUUUGCUAGUCAUUGAUUUUACUUGUGUCGCUGCUGACGAGUUUCAAAGGUACAUUUUAGAGAUAAAGUGGAAAAAGAAAAAUAUCAGGACUAUUUGAAGAGAAACUAUUAAUUUUUCACUGAAAAACCCGACGAAAAACGCUGUGACCACUUUAAAAACAAUUUGAUUUGAAGCAUUUUUCAAGAAAAAAAAAAUGGAACUUAUUCAUUGUUGUUUCAAUCCAUCUCUCGAGUAUUGGUAGUGAAGAAUUAAAAAAAAAACAGAGAAAAUAGUUGAGAGAAGGAAUAACAACGAAAAAAAGUGAGAGAAACUUAUAAUAUUGAAUAGAGAAAAUUUACUAUUGAAAUAAAAGAUAAUGCUUUUGAUGACGUAAAGUAAAUGAGAAAAACCUUUUAAAUAGGCAUUAAGUAUUUGUAAAAAAGAUGAAUAAA